GAAAAGUGGUUUCAGGUUUGCCAGUUGUCAUGCAUCUGGCGUGACAGUCUAUAUUAUUACAUUAGCCUAUAAACCUAAAAUUAGCUACAUCAGAAGUGUUGGGGUAGUUUGCAAGCCCUACAGACUAUUUACAACUUUCACAUGUAAACGUGUGCGCAUGUGAGAGCUGACUUCUCCCCAAAGUUGGCAGCCCUGGAACUGUCCUCGAGGCCACUUCCGGUCAGCGCAGAGCCCACGUGCUUCGCGGCGAUCAUUAAGCCCAGCGCUGAUUAGUGUUUGCUGUUUGCAACAACAAUGUAACGUCAGACAGUUUGGGUGGCUUAAGCAGCUAUGCAGUUUUGAUAUCAAUUUAUUCCCAAUUUAUAAAUGUUUCCCAGUUGAACACCUGUUUUGGAGCUGUUUUAAGGAUUCGUUUAAUUUUAAUCUAUAUUAUAGGCACGUUUAAAAGCCUGGCACGUUUAAAUUCAUAUUUAUCCAUUUGUCAUUCCUCUUUCUUCUACCUGGAUAAGGAUUUCAAUUGGUCAUAGAAGGAACCAUGGCAACAGUGGGCCAGGUGAUCAAAUGCAGGGCGGCUGUGGCCUGGGAGGCAGGGAAGCCCCUGUCCAUUGAAGACGUGGAGGUGGCCCCUCCCAAAGCCCACGAAGUCCGCAUCAAGACCGCAGCCAGUGGCGUGUGCCACACAGACUGGGCCUACCUGUUCGAGGCUGGCAAGGGCAUGCAGAUGCGACCCUUCCCCCUCAUUCUGGGCCACGAAGGCGCUGGAGUGGUGGAGAGCGUAGGCCCCGGCGUGUCCAAAUUCUCACCGGGGGAUAAGGUGAUCCCUCUUUUCCUGCCACAAUGUGGAGAAUGCGAAUGCUGUCUCAGUCCAAAGACUAAUUUAUGUACCAAAAACUGGACCAAAACACAGCAGGGAGUCCUGGCUGAUGGCACGAGCAGGAUCUCAUGCAAAGGGAGACAGGUGUACCAGUUCAUUGGCAUCGGCUCCUUCUCCGAGUACACCGUCGUCUUGGACACCUCGGUGACCAAGAUCCGUGAUGAUGCUCCCCUGGAUAAAGUGUGUCUGCUGGGAUGUGGAGUCUCCACGGGCUAUGGGGCCGCCCUCAACGCUGCCAAGGUUGAGCCCGGCUCCAGCUGUGCCGUGUUCGGGCUCGGCGCCGUGGGUCUGGCGGCGGUGAUGGGCUGCAAGGCCGCCGGCGCCACCAGGAUCAUCGCUGUCGACAUCAACCCCAACAAGUUUGAGAAGGCGAAGGUCUUUGGGGCCACCGAAUUUGUUAACCCCAAAGACCACAACAAGCCCAUCCAGAAGGUGCUGGCUGAGAUGACCAACGGAGGAGUGGACUUCUCCCUGGAGUGUGUCGGGGAUGUAGCAGUGAUGAGGGCCGCCCUGGAAUCAUGUCGUUCGGCUUGGGGUACAUGUGUCAUCGUGGGCUGGACAGAGCUGGCGGAGCUCACCCUGGCCCCCUAUGACCUCUUAUUGGGUCGUACCCUGAAGGGGACUUACUUUGGCGGCUGGAAAAGUGUGGAGGGUGUGCCGAGGCUAGUCGAUGACUACAUGAACCAGAAGCUGUUGUUGGAUGAGUUUGUGACCCACACCCUGCACAUAGAUCAGAUUAACGAGGCCUUUAACCUCAUGACCAGGGGAGAAAGCAUUAGAUCAGUAAUAAAGAUGGAAUAAAUCGCUGCUGCUUCCUGAAGACGGAGAACCGAAGGUGUCUUCUCGAACCUACUGCCCGUUUAUAUUUUCCUGAUCUGACUCCUUGCUUAAUGCGUGUGGGUGGUAGGCAGAUAGACAUUUUGUGUUGUAAGAUUUAUCCCCCUGUAGGGCUCUCUGGAAAAUAUUGCAUAGAGCCUGAUUGUUUGGUAUAUAAGUCAGACUGCAUUAAGACACAAGAAGACUGGACGGAUGAUUUGAAAACUGUUGUGAAAUAACACACUGCCUGUGUAACUCCGUGUUGUGGUUUUUUUGGAAUCCAACACACUCUGAUUCUCGAGAACCAUUGGACAUUUUCUCCUUUUAUUGGCGAAACCUGACAGGAACAGAAACAAACACUCCUCAGUAAUAGCAGCAUACAGGCCUCUACAUGCAAACCUGAGUCAUGGGGGUAUUACAGCACACAUAAAGCCACCAACACACAAAGGUAACCCCAACUGCAAAUAUAUAUAUGUGUGUGAUGAGACAUUAUUGGUAUGAUUGUAGCAUUAGAUUGUGCAAGAGAAUGACAAUACAAUAGACUUUGAUUAAAUCAUUAACAGGACAUACAUAAACCUUCCUUGCUGCAGUAUAUAUUAAAAGUGUUUAGGACUUACGCUCAUAAAUGCAGGAACACAGGGAAAAAGGGGUGGAGCCAUAUGCAAUAAGACUUAACAAGCAAGUAUGGAGAACACAGCUGUCAGGUAUGGAUGUAAAUAAACAAAACAUAAAAUACACUGAUUUUGUGUAAUUAUACACAGGAUAAUCCCGGUUACACCUGUAGCUUUGAGUUGCUCAGCCAAAUCACUGGCUGACCUGUACUAUUUGCAUGUGAACUUCCUGUUUCCCUUCUAUAACCUAUACAUUUAUUCUUGUAGUUCUACUCAUGCAACUUUGUUCAGUAAAGCCUCCUGUUCCAUGAAAAGAAAAUGAUGAAGAGAGGGCUCACUUCCUGAAGCAGAGACCUCGAUGUUGGUGUGAUGAGUUCAGGUCCUGAAGCCCCUAUGUUCAGCUGUUAAGCACAGCACUGACUGCAGAAAUAUCUUAAAAAAGACGUUUUAUGUGAUUGUGUUGCGGAUUAAUGCUAAUUUCCAUCCAUUAAGUCAACUUACUUACUGUUAAUGUAAAUUGUUCUUCAAUUCCAGCAGUUGGGUUUCUGUGCCUAUAUUUGGAGUUUUACUGCCAUCAUAUGACUGAAAGCAUGCAGUGCACAUUGUACUUUUGUCAUCUACAAUAACUGCAUUAAAUAACAUUUAGAUACUU